UUUUUUUUGACUAAUUUCUUAUGUGCGAUCAAGUAGUGACAUAGACUAUAGUUGAGUUGAGUGUCUAAAAACCUAUUUGUAACCAGUCAAUUUAAAAAUCUAAUUUUUCAUUGUGACUUGAAUGCACUUCAGUUCGGGGGGUCCCGGGGUCCUAUUUUACGAUGAGGAUACAACCAGGACUAAAGCCAGGAAGAAGCUGGAUCGCUAUUUGAAAUUGAGAUUUGGAAAUAGUGACAGGUUACAUCGACUAAAAUAUGAAUCUCAAGUUUUUAUGAACCAUCGAUUUGAUAGAAUUCGCGCGGGAAGCGCGUCCAUAGAGCAAAUUUUUUUUAUGUCUAUGAUAAAAGUCAUAGAUGUAGAGAUUUCCUUUUAAAUUAGUCGCAUUUCGGAUUCCGUUACUCAGACUAUAGAUUUGAAUAUUGUGUACAGAUAUUAGAUGUAUUACGUUCUAGUUUGUGGUUAAAGUUGUAAAUUUUUAUGUUAAAUUGUGUUUCAUACAAAUUGUUAUAAGAUAAGAGAAAUUAGAUCGAAAUGUUCCAAUACGAAUUUGAGAAGCGGCCUCCUUCCUCCACCUCUUGCGAGAGUCGAGCUACCAUGACUACGGAUUGGAGCCGAGUGUACCCGAACGCGGGGUCUAGCGGUACCAGCGGGGCAAAUCGGUCGAGCGGGGUGAAUAUAACCGCUCGUCGACCGCUACCGCCGAGACCUAUUAUUUGUGAAAGCAUCCCAGCUAAACCGAGUGUCCCUCUGAAAGUAUGGAUCGUCGCAAGCGCAUCUUGCUUCGCGGUGUGCGCGGCGCUGGUGCUGGCCACGGUGGUCAUCACCAAAUGGGGCGCCAGCCAGACUUACACCGAACAACUGUUCGAUUCUCCGGAGCCGGUCUACUCAAAUAAAAACUCGAAAUACACAACUACAGAAAACCCUAUAGAUCCGCCAUCAGAGGACGACAUCCAAAUGCCGAUACUAGAAAAGUUACCGAUUUUCAAAAACGCCAUUGCGAACAGAGACCGAAAGCCUAAUCUAGCUUCGAAACCUCAAAUCCAUCCGUUACAUGAGAGCAUUGAUCAUGAAGAAAGGAAGAUUGAAAAGAAAGACCAACCUAAACUCCCUUACGAAGACAACGCUAUUCCUGACUUCAAACCAACAUUACCUGAUAUAUUUAUUAAUAAACAUAAAGAUAUCAAACUAUCAGACGGGUACAUAGCUGGAUUACGCAAACACGACGAUUACGAAGAUUAUUACAACGACGAGAACUUAUAUGAUGACUAUUUACAAAGUAACACAAUGACUAGUUAUUUGAUUGAAAAAGUUCAAGAGCUACAUAAUUGGAUAACUUCUGAUCCCGAUUUCGUCGUUAAGAACAAUUCUAAAAGGGCCAGCGAUCAGUUUGGACAAGUUCUGAAAGCGUUGAAUGAUAGUUUAUUGGAAGGCAACGUGUCUAUAGUGAUGACGAAAUUGAGAGACAUUUACUUUGGAGAUAAUUACACUAUGCAGAACAGUUCUAGGAAGAUAAUAUCGACGAAUAGCACGGAUUUGCUCUCGUUCGGGAUUCUGUCUCUAGAUGUGAUGCUGCUGCAUAACAUUCAGCUAAUGGCGUGGGAGAACCAGGAAGCAACACGAAUUAAAAUGCUGAAGGACCCCGAUAUUUUCGCGUUCAACGCCCUCUUCAUGGAUCCCACUAAGGUGGAAGCCGUGGAGAAUGAAUUAGCGAAUUAUCACCACGACAGCGGCAGUACGUUCACGAAACGCCAGAACCUCCGGCAGCAAGACUUUGACGACUUUAACAUCGGCAAAACAAUUUUGGAGAACUUCUUGGAGAUCGGCAUGAGCACUGCAAGAGCCGCUAUACACCUCGGAAGAGCUUAUAAGAACACCAAAAACGUCUUGAACCACCUCCAAUCACGAGAGCAGACGAGCCUCUCCCGGAACGUUGAUGGCAACGCUCAGGCGUUACAGCAUCUGCAAUCCUCGCUGAAAGAUUCCAAACGACCAGGUUACACCGAGCUGGACUGCGUGUGGCUGCUGUACUGCAGGAAUUUGGUUGCCAGCAGCAAACUCCAUCCGCCGUACGCUACUAUGGCUCGUAUUAACGGGCUAGCACUGAGGAUGCUGACGGGCGAGCUGCCGGCGGACAGAGCUCUCGACACCAUGUUGUACGAGGCGUUCUCGGGCUGGACUGAACUCAAGUGCAACGAUAUGUUCCCCAGAUGCAGCAAAGCGAAUGCCGCGGCUGUAGUGCUGGAGACAAUAAUGCAACCGCUGAGGAAAUCCCAAGCUAGAACGCGGUGAUAAUUAAAAAAAAAAAAUGGCUGAUAAUUUCUUUAAAUAAAAUACGGGACUCAGGUUUUGACACAUUGCCCAUCAUGCGUCGUUCCAUUUGACAUCACAAAAACACGCGAGUAUAGUUUGUACUUAGUAGAAGGUGAAUAUAUACAUAGCUGUAGCGUUUUAUAUCUACCCUAAAAAAAUAUAUAAAUUAUAAAAGAGCAGGCAUAUUCACAGAGCCGUUAAAUUUAACUCAUAUAAUGAUCACAUAAAUAAAUAAAUAUAAAUUUAUACGGUACAACUUACACUUUAGUAACUCGACUUGACUAUAUUUUAUAACAAAUAGGUAUUAUGGAUAUCUAUUUUACACAACAUCGCGUUGUGAGCAAAUCGUUUGGUGGGUAAUUUUUAUCUUAGACUGUUAUUGCACAUAGUAUCACAGUAAAGGGUAUAGAAAUAUAUAAAAUCAUUAACAACAUUUCUAUGCUCUUUAAGGCCUUUAAAGUUUUUUUAAGAGAAAAAUUAUACCGUUGAUGUAUUUUGUUGUUACUUAAA